UUUCUGGUGGGGCAUACGAAAUUUGAGCUCUCUUGGUUCGAACCUCCAGCCCAGUAUCACUACAUGGGAGAACCUCUUUGCGGCUUUUGUUUCUAUUAUUGGCCUGCUACUAUUUAUAUAUCUCAUUGGAAAUUUGCAGAUGUACAUGCAGUUCGACGCUGCAAGAGAAGAGGCACGUAAAGAACGUGUUAAUCAAGAGAUGAAAACGGAACAGAGGUUGAAAGAGAAAGAUAGAGAGAUAGCAUUCUGGUUAUCUGAGAAUGUCAAAAUCCCUCAAAAUGAGAAGGAUAGGGUAAAGUCACAGAUCAUGAGAACGGUGAAACGCGAACUUGAGGAACUCAGGGGUGGACACGUGGAGGAGAUCCUCUCUAUUCUUCCCUCUGAACUUCAAAGCUAUCUCAAUUCCCAUAUGAUGUGGAAAAAGUUAAAGAGAGUUCCAAAGCUUGACUCACUGGACGAACAAGUAUUGAAAGAAUUGUAA